UAUUAUAUUCAACACAACACUAGUAAACUACCUUAGUUUAUUCCUUGUUUUUAUGUUGCUUUGUCGUUGGAUUCCAGUAACAAGGAUCUUGUCACAACACACAAACUCACUUCACACGUUUGUUUCCGACAUUUACUUCUCAACCUAAACCCAGUGAAGUUAACACGGCGGAAAAGAUGCAGCAGACACCUCAAAUGAUUCCUAUGAUGCCGUCUUUCCCGCAAACAAACAUAACCACUGAGCAGAUUCAAAAAUAUCUUGACGAAAACAAGAAAUUGAUUCUGGCAAUACUAGACAAUCAAAAUCUUGGGAAACUUGCAGAAUGUGCCCAGUAUCAAGCUCAACUCCAGAAGAAUUUGAUGUAUUUAGCUGCGAUUGCUGAUGCGCAGCCACAAACACCAACCUUGCCUCCGCAGAUGGCCCCGCACCCUGCGAUGCAACAAGGGUUCUUCAUGCAGCACCCUCAAGCUGCAGCAAUGGCUCAGCAACAAGGAAUGUUCCCGCAAAAGAUGCCAAUGCAAUUCGGUGGUAAUCCACAUCAAAUGCAGGAGCAACAACAGCAACAGCAGCAGCAACUUCAUCAGCAGGCUAUGCAAGGUCAAAUGGGACAUAGACCCGGAGGGAUAAACAACGGCAUGCAUCCAAUGCACAAUGUGCACAACAAUGAGGCUGCUCUCGGAGGCAGUGGUGGUGGUCAGAAUGAUGGACGUGGUGGUGGAAGCAAGCAAGAUGCUUCCGAAACCGGCACAGCCGGUGGAGAUGGUCAAGGAAGCUCUGCCGCCGCUGCAGCCACGCAUAACAGCGGAGACGCAUCGGAAGAGGCAAAGUGAUUUAAUUUUUUAUGUAAUAUUUAAUAAAAUAACAAUACCUUGUGACUGUUGAUAUUAGGUUUUGUUUAAAAAGAUAGCAUAUGGCUAGUAUGAUCUUGAUGCCUUUUGAUCGGUCAAUCAAAGGAGCUUAGGUAGAUGUUUGUGUUUCUAGGAUUUUGGCGCAUGCAGCGGGGUUUGUGUCGGCCGAAAUUGUUGUUGUCGCAAUAUUAUAGGAAGUAUUUGUUACUGGAAGAGGGUGAAUUCUCUUCAAGUCUGUGUUUAACUUUUUUGUAACUUUAUUUCAUUCUUAAUUUUCAGUAACUUUUUAUAAUAA